AUGACCACAAGAAUGAGGUUCAACAUGACUGACGGUGUUAUUAAAAACGGUAUUCUCAAUGAAAAAAUAAAUUCUGAAGAAUACAAACCUCAGAAUGGAUUUAUUAAGAUGCAGAAUGGAGUAAACAAAAAGCCGCAAAAAAGCAAUUCUGUGAAAAAAGAAUCCUUUGAACAUGAAACACUAUUUACAGCGGCAUUAACACACUUUGGAUUUUACAUACUCAUGUUUCUGGGAUUUAUCAACCAGCUAUUAUUCGCUCCUAAGGUAGCACGUGAACAAAACAGAAAGGGAUACGCUCCACUGUAUGAAAGCUUCGAGACUUUUUAUUUACGCUACGUGUAUCGACGAGUACGUGAUUGUUGGAAUCGACCUAUUUGCUCAGUGCCUGGAGCUCUGGUCACUCUUAAAGAUCGAAUUACUCGUGACUAUUGCUGGACAUUUGAAUUUACAGGCACAGAGACGGAAUGUAUAAACUUGGGGUCUUAUAACUACCUUGGAUUUGCUGAAUCGACUGGAAAUUGCGCUGAACAAAGUAUUGAAACUCUAAAGAAAGUCAAUUGUGCUAAUGGUAGCACGCGUCUUGAGCUAGGUACUAUGCCAAUUCACAAUGAAUUAGAGCAAUUGACAGCGCGUUUUCUCAAAGUAGAAGAUGCAAUGGUAUUCGGUAUGGGUUUUGCGACAAACGCCUUGAAUAUUCCAUCGCUGAUCAGUCCAGGUUGCUUAAUUUUGAGCGACGAAAAGAACCACGCAUCACUGAUUCUAGGAUUAAGAUUAUCUGGCGCAGUGACUAGAGUAUUUCAUCACAAUGAUGUUAAAGGCUUGGAGCGACGACUGAGGGAAGCAGUGGCGUACGGGCAGCCAAAAAGUGGUGAGCCGUGGAAAAAAAUAUUCAUUGUUGUCGAAGGAAUUUAUUCGAUGGAAGGAUCAAUUGUCCACUUGCCAGAAAUAAUAGCUUUGAAGAAAAAGUAUAAAGCGUACCUGUAUCUUGACGAAGCGCACAGUAUUGGUGCGACCGGAAAAUCUGGCCGGGGUAUUUGUGAUUAUUAUGGAAUUGACCCCAAGGAGGUUGAUAUACAUAUGGGGACGUUCACCAAAAGUUUUGGAUCUGCUGGAGGAUAUAUUGCCGGAACUAAGGCAUUAAUAAAUCACUUGAGAUUACACAGUCAUGCUCAUGCUUAUGCUGUAUCAAUGUCACCACCAAUAGCACAACAAAUAAUAACUUCAAUGCGAACAAUAAUGGGUGAAGAUGGUACAAAUGAUGGUGAAACGCGCAUCAGACAGCUAGCAAGAAAUACGCGUUACUUCAGACGUAGGCUCAAUCAGAUUGGUGUAAUUAUUUUUGGUCAUGAAGAUUCACCAGUGAUACCAAUGCUUGUGUACCUGUACUCCAAAAUAGGCGUCGUGGUGCGUGAUCUAACGAAGCGCAAUAUCGCGACUGUCGGGGUGGGCUUUCCUGCAACACCGCUUAUGGCAGGAAGAAUUAGAUUUUGUUUGUCCGCGGCCCACACUAAGGAACAGCUUGAUUAUGUAUUGAAAAAUAUCGAAGAGAUGGCGGAUCUUAUUGGACUCAGGUACUCCAGAAAGCCCAGAGAUCCUAAUCCAAUAAAUUAUUACACUGACAGUGAGUCUGAAUAA